ACGCGCUGUCUGCGUCGCACGUAACGCCAUGUUUCGCGCAGUGUCAGUUGGCUGGAAGAAAUAUUGGUGGGGAACAGGAAUCUUGCCUGACAGAGCAAACCGAAUUGAAGACAUUUAUCUCCGCUAUUACAACGGAAGUUCGUCGCACGAAUACAUAGAUAUACCGCUGAGCCAAGCCGUCGACUUAUUCGACGUCAAAGGCUUCGACAGGAGCAACGCUACCGUCCUUUACAUCCAUGGCUUCAUUGAGACGGCGCAGCAGGAAAGUAUCCAGGUGAUGGUGAACGCAUACCUGGAGGCGAGGCCGAACACCAACGUACUGCUUUUGGACUGGUCCAACAUGGCACACGGCUCAUAUCUGGUCAACGCAGCGAGAAACACCAAAAAGGUAGGAGCCACAACAGCUGAAUACAUCAACAAAUUGUCUGAGGCCGGUCUUCAGUUGGACAAACUUCAUUUAAUAGGUCACUCACUUGGCAGUCAUGUGGCAGGGUAUACAGCACGAGAUCUCAAAAACAAAUUUAAUAAAACUGUUAAAAGACUAACAGCACUGGACCCGGCGUUCCCUGCGUUCUACCCGGACGGCGUGGUGAUGGAGCACGUGUGUGAGAGAGACGCGGAGUUCGUGGACGUGAUCCACACGGACGCGGGCGGGUACGGCGCGCCCGUACGUACAGGCACUGCAGACUUCUGGCCUAACGGCGGUCGCCGCACACAGCCUGGCUGCCCGCGGUUCGCACCCGUACCUCUCUCCGAUGAUAAUUUAUGCAGCCACUGGCGUUCGUGGAGAUUCUAUGCAGAGUCUGUACGCAACCCCGAGGCAUUCCCCGCCUCGCCGGCGGACUCCUACCAGAAGUUCAAAGAUAACACCAAACCUGAAGUGGGCAUGGUCUACAUGGGAGCAGACUGUGAUCUAAGAGCAAAAGGUUCAUACUACUUAACAACAAACGCAUCAGAUCCUUUUGGUAAAGGGAUGGAAGGCUUAUAUCCAAAACGCAAGAACAAUAAGAAGAAAUAAAAUAAAACUUAGACAAGGUUUUAAGCGUAAAUAUGAAGAAAUAGCAAAGUGACAUUACAAGGUCACCGCGGGAUACAUUACAACUUGAACGUACCCACUGUACGUUAGUUGCCGAUAUUUGAGUUAUGAAUUAAGAAUGAUGUCUUUUUAAUUGUUUUGCCACUGGCGUCGUGCCAACUGCCUAUCUGCUACCGAUCUCACAGGUGUGUUCACAUUAAAUAAGUUUACAUUUUCUUGUUUAAACCACAAAAAUAUCGAAUUAUUAUCAAACAAUCAAUGUAAUAUUGUAGAAUCAGUGUAGUAUUGCAAGUAGUACGAAGUUGUUAUAUUAAAAUGCUUACUGAAUUACAUCGAAUUUAAAUGAAUACUCAUAAUUUCAUUAACAUUUCCGAUAGAAGAAAAUGAACAUAAUCUUGUUUGUUAAAUCUAAAGUUUUUACUGCGUUCAAUUACACUUCUAAAGAUUCUUGUAUAAUGUACUUUGCCAGACUUCGAUUGGUAGCACCUGUUCCAUUUUAAUCGCUGUAAUAGUAAUUUUAAGGCCUUUUAAAACAAUAUUAAUGUACCGCAUUAGUUUUAGAAUACAUUCACGUCUUGAUUAGAGAGAUUAUGGCCUAAUAAUACAAAAAAUAUUGUACGAGUGAUUAAAUUGUAUAUAACCAUUGUGUACAAUUGAAUAAUGUGUUCGAAGAAAUCACUUAAUUUAUUAUAUUUGUGUAGUUAUAUAUGAUAUUAAUGUACCUGCACAUUUAGUAUGUAAGAACAUACUUUUAUAAUUGUUGUGUUAUGACCAUUCCUUUACCAGUAUGUAAAUUAAUUUAAUGACGUUUUGAUGCAGACCAAUUUCGCAGAAUUAAAGGAUCUGUAAAGCUCUUAUCAUAAUAUUCGUGUGUUCUUGAGAACGUCGUGGUAAGGUCAUCGACAAAGUAUGAGAUUUGUUAGUGUACUUUAGGACCGACAGGGGCGCUGGACGUCGUUGUAGAUGACGUUACCAAUAUGUUCUCGCAACUAUCACGCAAAUAUUCGUGAUAGACCCGUUUAGGAUAGGAUUUGGAACUAUUUGAGACCUAUCAUUAAUUAUAUUUCGUAAAUAUUCAUUAUCACUCUUGUAUCAUUUAUGCGUACUUAAAUUGCAAUACUUAUAUUUUUCGUCAACUUAUCGUGUUAUCAUUGGCUUAUGCAGAAUUAUAUUUAUUGAAAUUUUAUAUUAACUAUCCAUUAGUUAUAUUAACAGCACUAUGAUAAUUACCAAUUAGUGCUACGUUGUGAAUUUGUAAUUAAGAUUUUUUUUGCUCUUAUUGGUGUAAUUUUAAUAUAAAAAAAUAAAGAAAAUAUUAAGGGGCCAACAUCUUGACUCACUAGUAAUUAAAUUAAAAAAAAAAACUUUUAAAAAAACUUCUGCCUUAGUCCCAUUAAUUAGAUAAUAUGAACAUUCAAAGAGAUUUUUAAGCCCUUCCUAAACUAUAAUGUGGCCGUUUUGCUAUUACACGUCUUAAAUGUUAAAGUAAGUUGCCAUUACCAAAACAACUGUACAAAAACAUACUGUCAUCCCGCUCAUUACAUUUUGAAAAAACUGAGACAACAUACGUUGUUGAACAGUUGUUUAAACAAUGAAAACUUACUGUGACAGACGAUUACCCCCACUGGCGCUUUUCUCUGCACAAAUAA